CAGACUUUAGAAAGUCACUCCUCACAUAGCAAGAAAGGUACUAAAAAGCCAAAGAGCAUGAGAAGAAAGGAAUAGGAAACUGUCAAGGAUAAAGAAUUGAAAGAAAUGAAUUGGACCCAAUGCCGUGAUGCUUUGUGAAGUGACCUUAUGGUGAGGGACGACAGAGAUUCGGGACGAGGCCUGAGUAAAUUGUGUUCUCCGAGACACAGAAGCCAGGGAGGGGUUCUGGAAUAAACAAGGCACGUGUUAUCCCAGACAAGAGCACCCUCAUCUACUCCACAAUCAAUUAUUUAUGUGCAGGAGAGUCACAGUGGGACAGACAAAUAGGAGUGGGCCUGCAGCUCCAAGCUGUAUCGUAGUGCGCCAGAGGAAGGAAAGAGGGAUACUGGAAGACAAGAGGGAGGUAGAAACAGACACGGAGCACUGCUGCAAAAAUGAAACCUCUCCAGAAGAGCCAGGGGCGCACUGAUCAUAUCUUAGGUGCCAUGGCGGAAAUGCUGAGCUCUCUGGCCAUGCCAAGCCAACAGUGGAACUCAGAGGGCACAGAGGAGCUGCCAGUGGAUGGCGAACAAAAGGCAGCAGGCAAGACUCAGUGGGAUCUGGAAAGGCUCGAGUGGGAGCAGGCAUCUCGGGACAGCCCUGAGAGAGGGCAAAGAGACAAAGAAGAUUCGUACUCUGCAGCGGGCAGUGAGGGCAGUAUCUCCACAUCGGUGGCCUCUUUACCCCCCCAGGCGUCAGGCAGCUCUGCCCCGAACUCACCUGGCUCGCGUCGCUCUGUCAGUACGCUAAAGAAGUGGCUGACCAACCCGGUGCGAAAGCUGAGUGUCGGCUCAGUCGGGGGGACCAAGGGGGAGAGAGCAACACGUAGAGUGGAGGGCAAAGCACCUCAUCCAUCCAGCAGGAGCAACUCUGAGCUGGGCAAUAGCAAGGCACCAGAGGACCAUGUCACCAUCUUCACCAACACAGACAAAGAAACGGAAUGGAGGGAUGGUCUGCCUGCUUCUGAAGAUGCCUCAGGAAUCCCAGAAUCCCACAGGCACCAGUGUGAUUUUCUUCAGGGUUCUACGUCACUGGGCCCAACUCAGAAUCCCCAACCCAGUUACCUGCAGCUAGAAGGUAACGGCUUUGUGUUGAUGGAUGACACUUCCAGCCAAUCAUCAGUCACUGUGGACAGUGAAGAGGAGCGGAAGAGUGCCUUAGAGAAAAGCAUGUAUGUACUCGAAGAAUUGAUUGAGACAGAGAAAAUGUAUGUAGCUGAUCUGGGACUCAUAGUGGAGGGUUACAUGGCCACUAUUAACACUAAGGGCGUACCAGAAGACAUGAAGGGAAAAGAUAAAAUAGUGUUUGGCAACAUACACCAGAUCUACGACUGGCAUAAAAAUUAUUUCCUGGGAGAGCUGGAGAAAUGUUUGGAAGAGCCUGAGAGACUGGCACAGCUCUUCAUCAAACACGAAAGGCGUCUUCACAUGUAUGUGGUGUACUGUCAGAACAAACCAAAGUCGGAGCAUAUCGUCUCAGAAUACAUCGACACCUACUUUGAAGAACUUAAACAGCAACUUGGUCACAGGUUACAGUUGAAUGAUCUCCUUAUCAAACCUGUGCAAAGAAUCAUGAAAUACCAGCUGCUACUAAAGGAUUUCCUGAAGUACUGCACCAAAGCUGGAAUGGACACAGAGGAUUUGGAGAAAGCAGUGGAGGUGAUGUGCUUUGUUCCUAAGCGCUGCAAUGACAUGAUGAACGUGGGACGGCUGCAGGGCUUUGAGGGGAAAAUCACAGCGCAAGGAAAACUGCUUCAACAAGACACUUUUAGUGUCUCAGAGCAGGACAGCAGCUUCCUGUCCAGGCCAAAGGAGAGGCGGGUCUUCCUGUUCGAGCAGAUCGUCAUUUUUAGUGAGCCUAUUGACCGGAAGAAAGGAUUCUCAAUUCCUGGAUACAUAUUUAAGAAUAGCAUCAAGAUGAGCUGUCUGGGUGUGGAGGCGUGUGUAGACGGUGAUCCAACCCGCUUUGCGCUGAUGUCCCGUGGUGCUGACGGCAACACCGUGUGCUUCGUCCUGCAGUCUUCCUCAGUGGACAUCAGCAGGUCCUGGGUGAACGACGUGAACCAGAUCCUGGAGACACAACGCAAUUUCCUCAACGCCCUGCAGUCUCCCAUCGAGUACCAGCGAAGGGAGAGUAAAAGUAACAGCCUGGGCCGCACCAUGAGACCUCCAGUGUGUGCAGCAUCUGGCCUGAGGCCUCACUCCUCAGCCUCCAUGGACAGACAGAGAGCGCCCUGUCUGCGUGCUUACAACACGUCCCUGCCCUCCCUCUACCUGUCCAGCCAGGGUCCCGCUGACACAUCUGCACAGCUGGAGUUAACUCAGCGAUGCAAGCUGGAGUCGCAGCUGGAGACCCAAACAGUUUCUCCAACCCAUGUUCAGCUGGCAUUCAGUGAGGAGCCUCAUUUCUCGCAUGCUGUCCAGUCCUGCCAGACAGUGUCCAACGGCGUUUAUCCCGCCAGCACACAAGGCUCACAGCAGGCAGGAGAGAGUGGUUACCGAGCACCCAUGUGGGAGACGGGACCAUCAGCUCCAGGCCCCUUGUCCAGUCUACAGCACUCCAAUCACCUGGCCCAGCUGGACGAAGAUGAACUUUGAGCUGCCCUUGAACUCUGACCCCGGCUGCUGCCUUAGGAGCCUGUUACAACCUGGACGCGUCGACGAUAGCGACCAGGACAAUUUAGUCUUGUCCUGUCCUUUACUCGCACUCUGACAUGAAUGACCAAGUGAUUUUUUUUAUUUCAGCUUUCUUUCUUUCUUUCUUCUUCUUUCUUUCUUUCUUUCUUUCUUUCUUUCUUUCUUUCUUUCUUUCUUUCUUUCUCCUUGCUUUUUUAUUCAAAAAUUAAAAAAAAAAAAAAACAUUCCUGCAUUGGGAGGUCACUGGAGCUGAAUGAACUUUUCGUGUGUGUGUGUGUGUGUGUGUGUGUGUGUGUGUAUAAAAGAGUGUGCAGGUGUGCAUGUGCAGUAGAAAGUGCUUCAGUGUUGUAAACAUGAGUAUUUUUUUCCCUCAACAAUGUGCUCUGCGGUUCAGGGGACUAAUAGCUAGCAUUACAGAGCCGAUUUGGGGCUCGAGGCCUGUUUACAAAGGCACUAUUUUUAUCUCCGGUUCACAAUAAAGGGCCUGCUGGGAUACGUACAUUCUACAAAUAUAUAUAUUUGUAUAUACCGUAGAUUAAAGAUCGACUCUGUGCAUGAAGA